CAGCAGGACAUAAAAGCCUCUGGUCGUGAUUGGUUUCGGGGGAACCAGUUCCACCACUGACAGAGGAGAGGCAACGUGAAGAGAUGGGCUACUUUCUCUAUUUCUCCGCUGAGACAUGGACCCUCCUGGUUGCUCUCAUCACAUUGAUACUUGUGUAUGCCUAUUGGCCAUAUGGAACAUUUAAAAGAAUGGGCAUCCCUGGUCCCACACCUGUCCCUUUUUUCGGCACUAUGCUGGCAUAUAGAAAGGGAUUCACUGGCUUUGACACAGAGUGCUUCAAGAAAUAUGGGAAAACAUGGGGCAUUUUUGAUGGUCGUCAGCCUGUGCUGUGUAUCACGGACCCUGCCAUGAUAAAAACUGUUCUGAUAAAGGAGUGUUACUCUCUCUUCACCAACCGCAGAAACUUCCGUCUGAAUGGCCAAUUGUACGACGCUGUGUCCAUCGCUGAAGAUGAUCAGUGGAGGAGGAUUCGCAGUGUCCUCUCUCCCUCCUUCACCUCAGGAAGACUGAAAGAGAUGUUUGACAUAAUGAAGCGGCACUCUGCUAACCUGGUCAGCAGCAUGAAUAAGACGGCAGAGAAGGAUGAGCCCUUAGAGCUGAAGGAGUUCUUUGGACCGUACAGUAUGGAUGUCGUAACCAGCACAGCAUUCAGUGUGGACAUAGACUCGCUCAACAACCCCUCAGAUCCCUUUGUCACUAACAUCAAGAAGAUGCUGAAGUUUGACCUUUUCAACCCUCUCUUCCUCAUUGUUGCCUUCUUCCCCUUCAUGGGUCCUUUAUUUGAAAAGUUAGAGUUUUCCUUUUUCCCUGCCUCUGUCACGGACUUCUUUUACGCUUCACUGCAGAAGAUCAAGUCUAAUCGAGAGACCAGCAAGCUAAAGAGUCGUGUGGAUUUCCUUCAGCUGAUGAUUGACUCCCAGAAAAACCAGGGGGGAGACCAGGAUAAAGGUUUAAAUGAUCAUGAAAUCCUCUCUCAGGCCAUGAUUUUCAUCUUUGCUGGAUACGAAACAAGCAGCAGCUCUAUGACUUUCCUGGCUUACAAUCUGGCGAGAAACCCUCAUGUCAUGAAACGGCUGCAGGAGGAGAUUGAGUCUACUUUCCCUAACAAGGCUCCUGUUGAUUAUCAGGCACUGAUGCAGAUGGAGUAUUUAGACAGUGUCAUCAAUGAGUCUCUCCGACUGUAUCCCAUUGCCCCACGCCUGGAGCGUGUGGCCAAAGCAUCUGUUGAGAUAAAUGGCCUUGUAAUUCCAAAAGAUAUGAUUGUCUUGGUCCCCACGUGGCCCCUGCACCGGGACCCCGAUCUGUGGCCUGAACCGGAGGAGUUCAAACCUGAGAGGUUCAGCAAGGAAAACAAGGAGACUAUUGACCCCUACACAUACAUGCCUUUCGGAGCAGGGCCUAGGAACUGCAUUGGGAUGCGAUUUGCUCUGGUGAUGAUGAAACUUGCAAUGGUGGAGAUCCUCCAGAGGCACAGCUUCGCUGUGUGUAAGGAGACAGAGAUCCCCUUAGAAAUGGACAUCCAGGGUCUGAUUUCGCCGAAACGACCAAUCAAACUGAAGCUGGUGCCACGUUCCGAAACCUCCAGCUAAAAACCAACAAGAUGAAAGAUUGUCAUUUUAACAUUUUACUUGUGUUGCAUACUGACUUAUCAUGUCUGAUUUGAACUAACCAAACACAUUGUACAAUUCUGUGUACCUCUGGAUCAGUUGCUUCUCUUUUUUGUUCCUGUUAAAGUGUCUUUCUUAUUAAUAUUCAGCCCAAACUCUGAAAAAGCUAUGUAUCUAUAUUUUUAAGCCUGUGUUAAUAAUAAAGCAUAGUAUGGAU